AAAUCGCGGGCAUGGCCGUUCUCAGGAUCCUCUGAUCAAGUCAAAUCUUCUGAUUUUACGCAUGUGUGCAGCCGGUGCGCACACGGGUAUCUAGGUUAUAAUCAGUUGCGGUACUAUAUUGUAUACAGAUACGCGGAAUGUCUUUGCUUAUUCGAAGAUGCAAAUUCAAAAAUUAUUGGCAAUAUCCGAAGCUCAUAAAUCUGAUAAAACUUGACGAGCUACAUACUUGGUCAUUAACCAGUCUGAUUUGGACUUCGAGACAUUUUUGCAACGCUCACGCGAGAUCAAAUAUUUUGGAAAAUAGAACUAAAAAGUUCUUAGAUUAUCUCGCGAACGAGUACAAAAACAAAUCUUGGCGAAAAAAUAACUUGACCGACUUCAUCGAUCUAAAUGCUUCCGGUGUUCUGUUGAGCGAAAGAGUGCAGCUCAUAGAAAAUAUUCAGAAUUUGCAUGAUUUAGGACAACAAGACGUGGAGAUGAAAAAGUUAGCGGAGGAGGAAGAGGCGUUGUAUAAAGAGCAAUUAAAUGCACUCGACGAAAGAUUGUUAAACACGAUACUGUCAAACAUGUAUAAAGAUUCUUACAAUAGUAUUAUUGUCGAAAUAACGGCGGGUGUCGGUGGUCAGGAAGCGAUGCUGUUCGUCAAGGAUUUGUAUGAUAUGUACACAGGAUACGCCAAGUAUUUGGAUUUGGAGCACGAGGUGAUCGACAUAGAGGUGACUGAUAACAAGGGCGUUAGACAUGUCAACAUUAUGAUAUCUGGCGACCAGGUCGACAAGUUCCGGUACGAGGGCGGUGUACACCGAGUGCAACGGAUACCGGCCACGGAGAGAUUGGGCCGGGUGCACACCAGUACUGCCUCGGUGGCGAUUUUGCCAGUGCCGUCAGAAAUACAGAUUGCGAUCAAUGAGAGAGAUCUGAAGAUAGAGACGAAAAGAUCGUCUGGCGCAGGUGGUCAACACGUGAACACUACCGACUCUGCGGUGAGGAUAACGCAUCUGCCGAGCGGGCUAAGCGUCUCCUGUCAGACCGAUAGGUCGCAAACUAAGAAUAAAAGGAUAGCGAUGGACAAAUUGAGGAGCGUCCUGUACGAGCAACAAUUGAGCAAGCAAACGUCAUCCACGAGCGAGUUACGGCAAAAGCAAAUGGGAAUGAGGCUCAGGAAUGAAAAGAUUAGAACGUACAAUUAUAAUCAAGAUCGCGUGACCGAUCACAGGCUGAGUCAGAAUGGAACUCUCUACAACUUGGCGGACUUUAUGCAGGGUGGAGCAGCUCUAGAAAAAUUGGAGGACAGAUUGUAUGAUCACAUACGGAUGGAAACUUUGUUAGAAGUAAUCAAAAAAUUGGAGGCACAAUCGAAGUGAUGUCAAGUCCUUUCUAGAAUUAUUUUAAUGUAAAAAGGGUGUAUAUAUAAUUUUAUAUAUAGGCGAUUGUAUAUAGAACACAUUACAUUAAUCGAAUAUAUAUAAUAUAUGGAAUAACGCUAAUACAUUUUCAUUGAUCUUUUGAAGGA